AUGACCUUGGUGCCUGGAAAGGGAAACUCAUCUUCCGAGGAGUACCGGGCUGUUGUGGGCCGACUCUCAAGACCAUCGCGAAGGAGGAGGCUGGUUCUGAGGCUGAGUCAGAAGGACACCCUGCAAGCACUCUUUCAACAGAACCCCUACCCCGGGAUAACGACCAGAGAACGGCUGGCGCGAGAACUGGGCAUUCCAGAAAGCAGAAUUCAGGUUUGGUUUCAAAACCAACGAAGAAGACGCCUAAAGCAGAGCCGAUUGCUGUCGGAGAAUGCCUUCAAAGGAGGGCAGUCGCAGCCGCUGCGGCCACCACCACCUCAGACUUUGACUCGAGGGGCUGCCUCUGGGUGCUGUGUGGGCCACCCGUUGAUGUUCAUCGUGGUCCAGCCCAGCCUGGCAGCACUUCAGGGAUGCCAGAACCCACAGCCUCUUCCGGCCACAGUUCCGUGGGGCGAAGGGACACAUGCUGUCAUCGCCAGUGGGCAGCCUGCCCAGGGGGCCAUCUUGCCGCCUGCACCGCCAGAGACACACUUCUGGCAGCAGCAGGCAACCUCAAGUGAAGAGACAUCUCCCCAGCUGGAGCAACAGACCCAGCACUCAGCCCUUCUAGGCUCCUCAAGCCUCCUGGACGAACUCUUGUCAGACGCGGACAUUCUGGACAAGGCAGGCCCUUUGCCGAAUGCGGACGCAGAGGAAGAGGAACUUGCGGCAACCCUGGAAGCCCCCCUCAGCGAGGAAGAAUUCCAGGCCUUGCUCGACAUGCUGCCAGGCUCCCCAGUGCCACAGGCUUAG